CCGACAGUAACCAUACAACAGAAGGACGUGACGCACGUCCCUACCAACCGAUCGCCAUUAAUCGCACGUGCAAUGAGUCGGGAUAUUUUAAUUUUUUUUGAUGCAUAAAAUAAUGUAAAUGGCGCGUUUAUGAUUAAAAAGCGUUUAAAGUUAAAACUUGAAACAGUUUAAGAUUUACUAUUAUUUAUAGUUUCGUUUUAGUAUAACCGCCGUCGGUAUUUGAAUUUCGAGUAGAAUUUGAAUAUUUCUAGUAGAAGACAAACAACACAAGAUGGCUACUACCUUAACCAUUACCGGAAUGUGUUGGGCAACAUUAUCGUUAGCAGCAUCGUUUUUGUGUAGUUCUGGGUUUUAUUUACCAUUUUGGAUACAGGGGCGAUUGAUGGAUCAAGCCGAUGCAUAUUUCAGUUCGUUUCGCCGAUGCAAUUAUCCACGACAUAUAUCUAAUGGAACAAUUAUUAUCAGAGAAUGUGGAAGAUAUGCCAGAUUUAAUGACAUACCGAGUGUCUGGUGGCAAGUGAGUACAGUACUUAUUGGCAGCGCAACUGCAAUCACAGUGAUAGUAGCCGUGUCCAGUAUUUCUGCUUGCUGUGUGACACACGUUAUUCAAAAGUCCACAGCCAAAAUUGCUGGUUAUCUUCAGCUUCUAGCUGCGGCAUUGGUAAGUGGUGGAGGCGCAUUUUAUCCUAUUGGCUGGGACAAUCGAGAAGUGAAAGAAUCAUGUGGAAACAUUUCUGGACCGUAUAAACUCGGAACUUGUCAUCUGUCAUGGUCCGUUUAUAUGCUUGGAUCGUCAGUUGUAUUGUUGUUGUUGUGUUUCUACUUGAGCUUUUACGCGUCCCGGGACAGCCCGGGGAAUUCAUUUCGUUCUAUCUGAUGAGUGCACGCCCAGGCAGCCGCAGCAGCCAGUACCGGACACGCCGCUGGCCAGUAUUUCUGCCGGCGUUCGUGAAGAGUAUGAGGACGACACGCAAUUCAAACGCACCGUGAUCGCUCACUGCAAACUGUAACUAAUAAAUAAUUAAUGUGAAAUCAACAAAAAAAAAAAUGAAUUGAUAUUUUCGUGAAAAAAAAAUAACAAAUAUUCGUACCAAGAGAGGAGUCACACGUCCAUUCUUUUUGGUCGGUGCUCGACAGCGACUAAAUUGUUUUCGUACAUUACACUGGGUUGUAUUGAAAUGUUUAAUUCAAAACUAAAACAUGAUACAUUUAUUCAAAGAUUUUAAAUUUCUACUCUCAAACUUUUGCUAUAGAUUGACCACAUAUUAAUUUUAGUAAAUACUAUUUAUAUCUAGUAACAUGUAAAUAAGUAGUACACGUUAUCAUACG